AUGAUCACAGCAAUUCCUGCUGAAACACCCACCACUAGUGUAUCAGAAAUAUCUACAGCAAUAGAGACUUCGACAAUUACAACAACAAUUACAAAAACCCCAGUUGAAACAUCCACCAUUAUCACUGCAGAAAUAUCUACAACAACAGAGCCCUCUAUGAUCACAACAACCCUUGCAGAAACAUCUAUCACUAGUGUAGCAGAAACAAUGAUCACAACAACUCUGGCUGAAACAUCCACCACUAGUGUAGCA